GUAUGAAUCGAAAGACAAAUUAUUUUUACAUAUUUUUUCAAACACUUCAAGAGUCCUGCUGUGAGGUUUGAGGUCUUACACUACAUUACUCCGGAUUGUACCACCAAUAUCGGGAACGUUCUUACCGUCUCUCAUUAAAAAUGGUUCGCUUAAAUGACAAAGUCUCGUCACCAGUAGUCUUGACACCGGAGAUGGGUGCUUCCAACCAAACAGUUGUGACUGCCAGAUAUCAAGGAACGAAAAUGGAUUGCUUCAAUCAGAUGAUCUUGUCGCAUUGGAAAGACUUCUCACGUGCAAUUGAAGAUGAAGACUCUGGACUCGAGCCAAUAAGGGCCGAUGGCUCUAGCUUGAACCUAGCGACCUUGGUUGCCAUAGCGAGAUACCGUCGCAAAAUAUCACUCAGCGAAGAAGCAACCAGAAAGAUGAAGAAAAGUGUAAAUGCUUUUCAAAAACGGAUCCAAGACGGCGAGUCAGUUUAUGGUGUCAAUACCGGUUUUGGUGGAAGCGCCGAUGUUCGACCAAAGAACAUCUCCGAAGUAUCUGCAAGCUUAUUUCGAAUGCUUCAUUACGGAAUUAUUUCUGGUCCUCUAGAUAGUCGUCAUGUUGGAGAGUUAGCAACAAACGACCCAAUGAGCGCUGUGAAGCAGAGGGAGUCUAAAACUGCGAAACUAGCAAGAUUAGCUAUUCCGUUAUCUGAUCCCGUUUGCUCAACCACCAUGCCAGAGAGCUGGGUUCGUGGUGCAAUGGCUAUUCGUGCCAAUACGCUUGCCAAAGGAGCCUCUGCAAUUCGACCAGUCAUUGUUCAGUCUCUGUUCGAUCUUUUGAACAAGGAAAUUAUCCCAGCCGUGCCACUUCGGGGAAGCAUAUCUGCUUCCGGUGACCUUAGUCCGUUGUCAUACAUAGGUGGAGCACUGGAAGGAAAGUCGGCGAUUCAGGUUUACGUCGAUUUUGAUCGGAAACGUGUUUCAGCAGACAAAGCAUUAUUGCAAGCUGAUAUAGCCCCCGCAGUUUUCGGGCCUAAAGAGGGACUGUCGUUGGUCAAUGGAACAGCAGUAACAGCUUCCGUUGCAGCUUUAGCCAUGCAUGAAGCCAUUAUGCAAGCUUUGCUUUCACAAAUUCUUACUGCUAUGUCUGUUGAAGCACUUUCUGGUACGGACGAAAGCUUUAAUCCUUUUUUUGCCGAGGUCAGACCCCAUAGAGGUCAGACGAUAUCAGCCAAAAAUAUUCACUCAUUCUUGGCUGGAUCCAAGUUGACAAAAGGAAAUGAUACUCAAGAAUUUCAAUUACGACAGGAUCGCUAUUCUAUUAGAACUGCAUCACAAUGGAUUGGUCCAUCACUAGAGGAUCUUUUGUUAUCCUACGAGCAGGUAUCAAUUGAGUUAAACUCCACCACUGAUAAUCCCCUUGUUAGUGAUGACGGAAAGAUACGUCAUGGUGGAAAUUUUCAAGCGAAGUCCAUCACAAGUGCCGUGGAGAAGACUAGACAAGCUUGCCAGUCGAUUGGUCAAAUGUUAUUUGCACAGUGUACCGAGUUGAUAAAUCCAGCAACAAACAACGGUCUUCCUCCUAAUCUGGUGGCAGACGAGCCAAGCGAAUCCUGGAUGUUCAAAGGUAUUGAUAUCAUGAUUGCGGCAUUGCAAUCUGAGCUUGGUUUUUUGUCUAACCCCGUUGGAUCACAUGUUCAGACGGCUGAAAUGGGCAAUCAAGCUUUGAAUUCUCUGGGGCUCAUCUCGAGUAGAUACACGCUAUCGGCUUUGGAAGUUCUGACGCAGCUUUCCGCGGCACAUCUAGUGGCUGUAUGCCAAGCUCUAGAUCUCAGAGGAAUCCAAAAUCUAUUUUUUAUGAAUUUAAAGCCUAAGUUUGAGGGCUCUUUCAUUCAGUGCCUUGGAAAAUAUCCCGUGGCACGCCCUAGUGAAUGGGACGAUCCCAUGGAGACGAAGGAAUCCUCCAAACUACAACUGCUCCUCUGGGAAAAACUGACAACAACGCUCAAUUCGAGUUCAAAUAUGGACUCGACCACGCGCUUUAAACAUACAGCUCAGUCGCUUCAGGCAGUCAUUCUUGAAACGUUGGAGCCCAGUCUAGAAAUGUUGCAAGUUUUGAAAUGCUGGACCGAAUUGUGCUCGGAGCAAAUGAUUUACGCCCACACAUUGGCAAAGAGACAACAUUUUGAAUCAACUGCGAUGGCUAAGUUCUUUUUGGGCAAAGCUGGUGAGCGGAUGUAUCGCUAUUUACGCAAUGAGCUCCACAUACCUUUCGUUGAUGAGGAAUACCUCAAGUCUUCGGAAUGGUUGCCCGAGAAGCCUGACUCAUAUCAAUCUGUCGGAAGUAUGGUAACCGCGGUGUAUGAAAGUAUGAGAUCGGGUGAGCUAUAUUCUGUUGCUAUCGAGUGCUUGAAAGAUGCAGAAGAGGAAGUAAGGAAUGAAUAGAAUGAAUAAAGUAUUGCACGGACAUUCUUUAGAUAACGAUCAUUCAAUAUUAAAAUAUUACAGUAAAAGUUGUAAAUCAAUGGCACUGAAAAGCCGUGAGAAUCGUAUUGCUAUAGACGUGAAAAUACCUUAAAGAUUGACUUA